AUGUCGAAUCACGAGACUCCAAUGAUAAGACCAAAGAGGAAGAAGGUGUGGGUCGAUUACCUAAUCCAAUUCCGAUGGGUUGGGGUCAUAUUUCUUUUACUUCCAAUGUCUCUUAUGUUGGACAUGUUCAUAUAUCUUGACCAAGUUAUAUCACAACGGAAGUCUUACAAGCAUCGCCAAAAGGAACACAACAAAAACGUCAUAAAAGUCAUCAAAAGGUUGAAGGAAAGGAACCCAUCGAAAGACGGUCUUGUCUGCACAGCCCGAAAGCCCUGGGUUACAGUAGGCAUGCGAAAUGUCGACUACAAGCGAGCUAUGCGCUUUGAAGUAGACCUUUCAGACUUUCGUAACAUUCUUGCAAUCGACCAUGAUAGAAUGAUUGCAACAUGUGAGCCGUUAGUGAAGAUGGGUCAGAUUACAAGGGCCACUGUACCAAUGAAUCUUGCACUUGCGGUUGUCCCAGAGCUCGAAGAUCUUACGGUUGGUGGACUCAUCAAUGGCAGCGGACUCGAGGGAAGCUCGCAUUUGUACGGGCUUUUCUCUGAUAUCGUUGUUGCUUAUGAGAUCAUUCUUGCAGAUGGACGGGCUGUUCGUGCUACGAAAGAUAAUGAGUAUUCUGAUCUAUUUUACGCGAUUCCAUGGUCUCAAGGGACCCUCGGUUUGCUUACUUGUGCUGAAAUCAAGCUUAUACCCAUCAAAGAAUACAUGAAGGUAACAUACAAACCUGUACGAGGUAACAUAAGUGAUCUCGCAAAGGGAUACAUCGACUCUUUUGCUCCUGAAUUUGGAGAUACCGAUAGCGAAAAAGUUCCAGAUUUUGUAGAAACUUUGAUCUACAAUCCUCAUGAAGCUGUUUGCAUGACGGGAAAGUACGCCUCCAAGGAAGAAGCGAAGAUGAACUGGACUAAGAUCAACUAUAUCGGUUUAUGGUUCAAGCCAUGGUUCUAUCAACACGCUCAGACAGCACUCAAGAAAGGCGAAUUCGUUGACUACAUACCGACUCGAGAGUAUUAUCAUAGACAUACUCGAAGUUAUUUCUGGGAAUCGAAGCUGAUCCUUCCAUUUGCUGAUCAAUGGUGGUUCCGAAUCCUCCUUGGUUGGACGAUGCCACCAAAAAUCCCUCUCCUAAAAGUCGCCCAAACCGAAGCCAUGCACAACUAUUAUCACGACAUGCAUGUCCUUCAAGAUUUACUUGUCCCUCUUUACAAGGUUUCUGAUGCUUUAGAGUGGGCACAUCGUGAAAUGGAGGUAUAUCCCAUUUGGGUUUGUCCACACAAACUCUACAAGCACCCAUAUAAGACCAUGGUGUAUCCUGAGCCAGGGUAUGAGCAACAUCGCAGGAAGGGGGACACCACAGACGCCCAGAUGUACACAGACAUUGGACUCUACUACGCACCAGGAUCAGUCUUGAGGGGUGAAGUAUUUGAUGGGUCUGAUGCAGUCCGUCGAAUGGAGACCUGGUUAAUUGAAAACCAUGGGUACGAAACACAGUAUGCUGUCAGUGAACUUAGCGAGAAGGAAUUCUGGAGGAUGUUUGAUGGAGCGCUUUACGAAAAGUGUCGAAGGAAGUAUGGAGCUGUGGGGAACUUUAUGUCUGUGUACUACAAGAGCAAAAAAGGUAGGAAAACUGAAAAGGAAGUUCAAGAAGCCCUCGAAAUUCCGUAUGUUGAUGGAACGGAUUAA